AUGCCUCUUCAAUACGAUCCCGAGUUCCUUGAAGAAGCAGGACCAGUUCUUCAACAACUGGCACAAACCCAGCAACCUGCGCUCCACGAUGUCACUACCAGACGGGGCAUGAUGGCGGCCAUGUGCAAGGAGCUACCUCCUCUUCCAGAAGGGAUUGAAAAAUUGGUACACCGAGUACCUACAGCGGACGGGCAUGAAGUUGUCAUCUACCAUUUCCGCCGACAAAACGCACACCGUGAAACUGGAGCGCCAGCGAUCGUACAUAUCCACGGGGGCGGGUAUAUCUCGCUGACAGCUGAGCAAUGCUCGGUGCCACAUAUCUCGGCUGUCUCGCGUACGGGGGUCCAGAUCUUGACGAUUGACUACCGGCUAGCCCCCGAGCACCCAUAUCCGACUCCCGUGGAUGACUGCUGGGCGGGCCUGCGGUGGGUUUAUGACAACGCUGCGCAAUUAUCUAUUGAUUCCUCCCGCAUUGCGCUCAUGGGCGAAAGCGCCGGGGGAGGUUUGGCCGCGGCAUUGACCUUGCGCGCUCGAGAUCGUGCUCUUGCACCGCCCAUUGCGAAGCAGAUUCUAGUUUAUCCCAUGCUGGACGAUCGGACAACCACCAACCAUGCUGGGCAACUCGCAUUUUGGACUGAAGUUGACAACAUCACCGGGUGGACCGCCUACCUAGGGCCCGAUGCCGGCACGGAUAAGAUCAACGCAGAUGCUGCACCGGCUCGAGCGGGCAGUGUAGUCGGUCUGCCUCCGCUGUACCUGGAUUGUCCACAGCUAGAUAUGUUUGUGCAGGAAAGCCUCGAAUAUGCACGGCGAUUCGUAGCUUCUAAUAUCCCCACCGAGUGCCACAUCUAUCCUGGUCUCCCACAUGGGUUCGAAGCGUUGGCGCCGUUGGCAACGGUGACACGGCAGGCCAUUGCCAAUCGAGACAGGGCGAUGACCACCUUUUGA